ACUCUAGGUCACUUGGAGAAGGCUGUGGUUCUCGAGCUCACCUUGAAGCAUGUGAAAGCACUAACCAAUCUCAUUGAGCAGCAGCAGCAGAAAAUAAUUGCUUUGCAGAAUGGUUUACAAGCGGGUGACCUGUCGUCAAGAAACCUCGAUUCCAGCCAGGAAAUGUUUCGAUCCGGUUUCCAGAUGUGUGCCAAGGAAAUGCUGCAAUACCUGGCAAAGCACGAGAACGGCAAGGACCUGAAGUCGUCCCAGCUGGUCAGCCAUCUGCACCGAAUGGCCUCCGAGGUGCUCCAGGGCGGAGCCGGCCGCAAGUCCGGAGACAUCCCUCCUAAAAUGGUGGACUUGAAAGAGAAGCCCGUCUCCUUGACCACGGUGGCGGAGGGACACGGGAAAAACUGUGUGCCUGUGAUCCAGAGGACAUUUGCUCACUCCAGCGGGGAGCAGAGCGGCAGCGACACGGACACGGACAGCGGGUACGGGGGAGAGCUGGAGAAAAGUGACUCCAAAUCCGAACAGCAGUAUUUCAAAAAGGAUACCGAACUCAAGUACGCUGUCCAGGAGAGAAUAAGCUCUAUUAAGCAAGAGACUGAGGACCCGCCGGCCAAAAGGAGCAGGCUGGAGUCACCAGAGGACGAGAGCCCUUUUGGCAGCGACAUGAUGGGCUCUUCCAGCAGCUUCCUGGGGCCCCACGCUCACCAGCCUCCCUUGUGCCUGCCUUUCUAUUUGAUCCCACCAUCGGCAACAGCCUAUCUGCCCAUGCUGGAGAAGUGCUGGUACCCAGCGUCCGUACCUGUCUUGUACCCCAGCCUCCCAGCCUCUGCCGCAGCACUUACGGGGUUCAUGAACCCCGAUAAAAUCUCCCCACCUCUGCUGAUGCCCCAGAGACUCCCUUCUCCCAUACCGGCCCAUUCCCCUAUCGACUCCUCGGCUCUGCUUCAAGCUUUGAAGCAGAUUCCUCCUUUGAACUUGGAAACCAAAGACUAA